GUGGACGGCGACUUCCGCAUAUGCGCCCUGGGGAGAGAGCCGGUAUUCUUGUAAUUUUCCAACUGUUGCAGCAUGAAGUGAGAGUCGGGGGUUUCUCCCGGUUCUGGGAGAUCAGCCUAACGUGAUCUCCAGCUUAGAGUCGGAGCUGGGGGUGUGGCGGUGAAAGGCUGGCAGGAUCUUUUGGUGAAUCUGCAGAUUUUCCAGUGAAGAUUAGAUAAAGCUGGGAGAAUCUCUUGCACAUCUUGCAGUGCUGGUUGGAAUUUCAAAAAGUCCAGACUGGGCUCAUAGGAGAUGAUGCUGUAUGCAAGAGCUGCAGAAAUGAUCAACAUCAAGGGAUCAAUGACACUCCAGGAUGUGGCUGUGGACUUCACCCCAGAGGAAUGGCAGCUACUCGACUGUGAUCAGAGAACCUUGUAUUGGGAUGUGAUGUUGGAGAACUUUAGAAACCUCAUCUCGGUGGGGUGUCCAGUCCCCAAAACAAAAGUGAUCUUCAGGAUGGAGCAAGGACACGACCCGUGGAUGGUGGAGGGAGAGAACCCACGUUGGCGCUGUCCAGAAGCUGACUACCCUCUUGUUGAUGAAUCAGACAAGCACCAGGAAAGUAAAGACAAUUUUUUAAAUUCAGUUUUGUUCACAUUUAAUAAAAUUCUGACUGUGGAGAGACCUCAUAGUUAUAAGAUGAGCACAAGUCUUAAUCCUACAAGAAAAAAAUCAUAUAGAUGUACAUCAUAUGGGAAGAGUUUGCAACCUACUUUAGACUUACUUAGUUAUAAUAGAUGUUAUACUGGAGAAAACACUUAUGAAUGCAAUGAAUGUGGGAAAGCCUUCAAAAAGAAGUUUCAUUUUAUUAGGCAUGAAAAAAACCAUACAAGAAAAAAACCCUUUGAAUGCAGUGACUGUGGGAAAGCCUAUAGCAGGAAGGCACACCUUGCAACUCAUCAGAAAAUUCAUAACGGAGAGAGACCCUUUGUGUGCAAUGAUUGUGGGAAAGCAUUUAUGCAUAAAGCACAACUUGUGGUCCACCAGAGACUCCACACUGGAGAGAAGCCUUAUGAAUGCGGUCAAUGCGGGAAAUCAUUCACUUGGAACUCCUCCUUUACUCAGCAUGUGAAGUCGCAUACACUUGAGAACUCAUUUGAAUGUAAGGAAUGUGGGAAAACCUUCAGGUAUAGUUCGUCCCUUUAUAAACAUUCUAGAUUUCAUACAGGAGAGAAACCCUACCGAUGUAUCGUCUGCGGCAAAGCCUUUGGCAACACUUCUGUGCUUGUUACGCAUCAAAGAAUCCAUACAGGAGAGAAACCUUAUGGAUGUAUUGAAUGUGGUAAAGCCUUCAUCAAGAAGUCUCAUCUCCUUAGACAUCAGAUAACUCAUACAGGAGAAAAACCCUAUGAAUGUAGCAAAUGUGGGAAAGCAUUUUCCCAGAAAUCAAAUCUUAUUGUACACCAGAAGAUUCAUAUGUAAUACUCACUUAUGAACAUGAGGAAGCUUUAAAUAUUCAAUAAACCUUAUUAAGUAGAGAAUUCUUAGUGAGGAGAAACCCACCAAUUUGAAUGAAUUGGAAGAAUAAAUUCCAAAUUAAAAUCAAUGCCAAUCAUGUUCUAAAAGUGAUAAAAGUUUUUAGAUAAAAGAUUACAGAAAAUAUUAAUUUAUAAAUGAUAGCAUAUAGAGCUUGGAAAGUAAGCAUAAAUUAAACAGGGGACUAGAGAAAAUUAUACUUACCACCUCUGAUUGUCUGAUUUUCUUUUUUUUGCUAUGUGGCAUACAGAAGUUCCCAGGCCAGGGUUCAAACCCAUACCACAGCAGUAACCCAAACCACGGCAGUGACAACAGCAAGUCCUUAACCACUAGGCCACCAGGGAACUCCACUAUCUCUUUGAUUUUUUAAAAAUUUCUAUAACAAAUUGUACAAUUACACAAGUAUAAGUAUAAAAUGUUUAUAUGUUACAUUAAAUUGUAUCUAUUAAGAGUUUCUGCAGGAGUUCCUGUUGUGGCUCAGCAGGUUAAGAACCCAACUAGUAUCCAUGAGGAUAUGGGUUCAAUCCCUGUCCUCACUCAAUGGGUUAAGGAUUCGCCAUUGCCACAAGUUGCAGUGGAGGUCACAGAUGCAGCAUGGAUCUGGUGUUGCCAUGGCUGUGGAGUAGGCCAGCAGCUGCAGCUCCAAUUCAACUCCUAGCCUAGGAACGUCCAUAUUCCACAGGUAUGGCCCUAAAAAGCAAAGAAAAAGUUUCUGCAGUAAAUAUCGCCAUUUUUUUCCUCCAAUCCUAACAGUAACAUACAAGUGAAAAAAUGUGGUUUAAUAUGUACUAUGAAUUUCAAUAAUAUUUUCAUCCAUUUGUUUGUACUUUUUUUUUUUUUCCCUAUGGCUGUACCUGUGACAUAUAGAAGUUCCCAGGCCAGGAAUUGAAUCUGAGCCCUAGCUGUGACCUACGCCACAACUGUGGCAAUGCCAGAUCCUUUAACCCACUAUGCCAGGCCAGGGAUCAAAACUGUGCCUCUGCAGCAACCCAAGCCACUGCAGUCAGGUUCUUAAUCCACUGUACCACAGUGAGAACUCCCAUUUACUGGCACUUUUAAUGGGUACCACAGUGUUACCGAAUCUCAGUGUCUCCCCUUUAGUUCUAAAACUUACUAUAAAGAUGUAUAGAAUUAUAUGUAAACUAUAAUGUAUAUAUAAUUUAACAAGAUAUCAGUUGGGGGGGAAGCAGUUGUGUUCUGUAUUAAAGCAAAUAUUCAUUUGAGGAAAAGAAGUGUUUAAAUAAGUAUGUAAAUAAAACAUUUCUACUUUAAAUAUUCCCGUUCUUUUUCACUGAUGUAGUUACCUAAGGUGUAAGGAUAGCUCAAGCAGUAGUUAACUGGGGUAUCACCUGUAUCUCAUUUUAAUAAAAUCGUGUGUCAGAGUUUAAUGGUAGCCUAGUGGUUAAGAAUUCAGCGUUGUUGGAGUUCCUGUCGUGGCUCAGCGGUUAACAAACCCAACUAGUAUCCAUGAGGACAUGGGUUCGAUCCCUGGCCUCGUUCAGUGGGUUAAGGAUCCAGCACUGCCAUGAACUGUGGUGUAGGUCAAAGACGCAGCUUGGAUCCCAAGUUGCUGUGGCUGUGGUGUAGGCCGGCAGCUGCAGCUCUGAUUCAACCCCUAGCCUGGCAACCUCCAUAUGCCUCAGGUGUGGCUCUUAAAAAAAAAAAAAAAAAAAAAGAAUUCAGCAGUGUCAUUGCCAUGGCUUGGGUUAAAUCCUUGGCCUAGGAACUUCCACAUGCCAUGAGCAAGGACAAAAAACAAAAAGUGCGUAUCAUAAUACUUUUCAACUUUCAAGGAACAAGUUUUUAGGUAUCUGUUUGCUUUUAAGAAAAUACAGGUUUAGCUCCUAGGGAUCCCUUGAAUUUUCCAUGUGACAUAGGCAGCAUUAAUUAAGUCGAAAAGAGCACUUUUUUGGCUUAGUCACUUCACUUUGGAAUGUGGCAUUUUUAAGUUCCACGUAUUCCCUUAAAAGGAUGAACCAACCAUUAUUUGAGCUACAGUUUUUUUUUGCUGUCCACAAUGCUCCUUGAUAAUGUCAAAAAAAACCUUUUAUGCCUUUUCUUGAGUUGUGACAAAACAGUGUGAACCCAAAUUCAGAAAUCCCAGAGUUCUCAUUAUGGCUCAGCAGCUUAAGAACCCAACAUAGCAUUCAUGAAGAUACAGGUUUGAUCCCUGGCCUCGCUCAGUGGGUUAAGGAUUCAGCAUUGCCACAAGCUGUGGUGUAGGUCACAAAUGCAGCUCAGAUUCAGUGUUGCCAUGGCUGUGACUUAGGCCUGCAGCUGCAGCUCUGAUGUGACCCCUGGCCUGGAAACUUCCAUAUGCUGCAGAUGCACCUGUUAAAAAAAUAAUAAUAAUAAUAAGUCAAGCCUUUUUAAGCUCAAUUACCAUUAUAUUGACUGUUUUUCUUUCACUAGCCAUUUUUUGAAGAAUAUGUUGAAUAAUACUUAUAAACGAAUGAUAGUGGGGUUUUUUUGAAAAGCAUGCUAGAACUUAAGGAUUUAAAUUAAAUCUUGUGUACUGAUUUUUUUUUCUUUUUUGCUUGAAGAGACCUGAAUCAGGCUCCUGAACCUUCCCUUUAGCCCAUCUGUACACUUUCUUGUAAAAUCUAAUUUUAGAAAGAACCCUGCUAAGUCAUUUUAACCAGAACCCUCUGUCUUCACUCUCCGAUCAUGUUCUUUAUCCUCCAUCGUCCUUUAGGUAAUGUCUGGUCACCCUCGCCUGUCUUCAGCAGGAAUCCUGUUAAGCCAGUUUAACCAUCCUCUUCGUGGUGUUUUCUCUUAGUAACUUUCCACCCACUGACCCCAUUCUACUCCUUGGCUAUAAGUUUCCACUUGCCUAUGCUGUACUCAGAGCCUGAUCUCUCGCCCACUUAAGUUCCAUUGCAGUGCUCCCUAUGCCUAUCCCACUGGUCCUGAAUAGUCUGUUGUCAUUUGUGUUUUUUGUUUUUUUGGUUUUUUUUUUUUUAGGGCUUCAGGUGUGUCUAUGGAGGUUCCCAGGCUAGGAGUCGAAACAGAGCUGCAUCUUCAGGCCACAGCCACAGCAACGCCAGAUCCAAGCCUCGUCUGCAACCUAACUGCAGCUCACAGCAACACCAGAUCCUCAACCCACAAAUCAGGGCCAGGGAUUGAAUCUUCAUCCGCAUGGAUGCCAGUCGGGUUUGUUAAACACUCAGCCACAGUGGGAACUCCUCAUUUUUCAUCUUAACAUACGUCAUUAAAUACCUUUCUUCUGUAUCACUUUUUCAAUUAAUUUAGGAGGCUACAUACUGGUUACACUCUUGCAGUUCCAAAAAUUUCUGUUACCUUCUUUCUUUGGAGUUGUCUUCAGAAUCACUCCAACAGUCACACAGGGAAUUCUUCAGGUAUUUACAGUCACUGGGCUUUUGCCUUUUUUCCCAAUUCAACAGUUUUCUCUCAUUUCCUACAUGAAAUCCUCAUUCAUGUAGGAAUAGCGCUUACCAUUCCAUCCUAUCUCCCCUUCCCAUGCCCAUGCUUCUCCUCUGAGAAACCCCAAAGUACUUACAACUGCAGGAAAAGGACACCUUUCAAGAGGGGAGGAGGGAGCUCUUCUGUUGCCAGCAUCAUGCCAUGAGGUCCCCUUGGAAGAGCAGCUGUGCAGGUCAAGGUGGUAAGAAGUAUGAAAUGGUCUGUGAGUAAAACAAGGGAAUUUUAAUUGUAAUAUAUCAGGAAGCAUGUAAUUUAUGUUCAAUAAAUUAAGUUGCUCCCUCCCUGCCUUUGGAAGAAGGAAUACAGUAGAGCAAGCUAAAAUAUAUUUCCAGUACUGGACAAUUAUAAACUGCAACCUCAGGAGGUUUUUGUCCCUGACCUCAUUGUCUUAGGCUGUACAAGAUUUUGGCAAGAAUAAAACCAAAACUAUGCUUAGCUCUAUCCAAACAUCUCAGAUUCCCAGGACUCCCUAGUCUCUUGUAUUCUGUGGCUGAAACAGCCACACACAACACACAAUCUAAGUGAGAAAUCCUUUAAUUUUUCUCACAUCUAAGAGUUUGUCAUACUUUGAGAUUUUCUUUCUUUUUUCACUUUGCAGAAAGAUCACUGAGGAGUUCCCUUGUGGCUCAGUGGGUUAAGGAUCUGGUGCUGUUCUGGUUCAGUCCCUGGCCUGGGGGCGGCUGGGGGUGGGGGAGAUCACUGAGAAAUGCCUUCUUUCAUUUUCAUUUAUACGCAGAUGGCAGAUAGGACUUUUCCUCCCAAUGAAAGAUGGCAGAUAGGACUUUUCCUCCCAAUGAAGCUUUUUUUUCUGAUUAUUAUAUGUGCUAAUUUUUAAGAAUCAAAUAAGGAAAGUAUAAGGAAGGGAAGAAAAUGGAAAAAGGGGAAAAGGGAGAUCUGAGUUUAGGCAUCUGAAUUCCAGAAAAGGACAGAGUUCAGGCCUUGUACAAGGUUUAAAAAAAAAAAAAAAAAAAAGUAAGGGUAAC